CUCGCCUGCUCCGUUCUACUGCAAUCCGAAGCCAGCUAAGCAUUCUUCCCCUGUGAACAUUUGCGGUUUGUGCAGUCAAGAUGAGUGGAGUUGUGGUAACGAACAUGUCCUUCAAGGUGGGCCAGACCCUGACCAUCACAGGGAUCCCUAACUCUGACGCCACUAAUUUUGUCAUCAACGUGGGCAACAGCGAGGAUGACCUCGCCCUGCAUAUGAGCUUCCGCUUCGACCAACUCGGAGACACUCGGACCGUGGUGUGUAACUCCUACCAUGGAGGCAAGUGGUUUGAGGAGCACAGAGAGGCACGAUUCCCCUUCAACCAGGGAGAGAAGUUUAAGAUAAAUAUCACCUUCACCAAGAUGCAGUUCCGAGUUGCUCUUCCUGACGGCUCUGAGAUCCACUUCCCCAAUCGCCAAGGAGACGAGAAGUAUAAAUACAUGCACUUCGGGGGCCACGUCAGGAUCCAGGGCAUCGAGAUCAGUUAGAUUAGAGAUGAGUUUUAAAGCUGUCAUUCCUAACCAAUGGAUGGAGCCACUAACAGUGAAACCUACAAGCAAAAUAUACAUUUUACGAUAGCAGCACAUUACAAGCUUGGAAGUGUUGAAAUUGUUUUAUUGAAGAUAAAUGUGUAUUUCAUUAAUGUGGAACAAUCUUUCCAAAUCAUUUCAGCAGUGGUUUAAGAAAAGUGCAAAAUAUUUGUUCAUUAAAAUUAUAUUUUUUGGAACCAUUUCAGAUUGUAUCUUUUCUUUUCGUAAAUGUCUCUGCAGCUAUCAAUGUUAGAGAUCGUUUCUGCAUAAUAGCACUUUGGAUAGGCUAGUAUUCUACAGUGACUUUAUUACCUGCAUUACAAGAUGUUAGGCUACAGAUUAAUUAAUGUAGCCUAAUUAUUAAUGAAUUAAAUCAGUGAUGCAACUCC